AGACUGGGAGAAGGCUUUGGAGUAUAUAAUGAGGAGGAGAUUGCCCCGUACUCCACCAUCACCAGCAUCCACAGCCUUCUCUUCAAUCUUUCCUGGAAAGCCCACUCGCUUUUUAUCACUAUUUUAUACGAUCCUUACUGAUCACACUCCCUUCAUUUCUGAACCAUGAAGCUCAGCCCAGCACUCGCCGCCAUUUUCCUGGCUAUCCCCUCCCUCGUCGCCGCCGCUCCAACAGCUACCCCAGCCGGAGCCGUCGAGCUCUCCACCCCCGUGACCGCAAAUAUCGUCGCCUUCCCCCGCGAAGCCACCUGCAAUGCCCCCAUCCCCACCGACCCAGAUGACCUGGAGAAGUACAACGAGGAGAUGCGGAAGAUGAGCGAGGCGACCGUUAAGGCGCAUACGGGCGAGCGCAUGUGCAAGCCUGCCGACUUUAUCAGCUCCAAGAACAAGCAGGUCAAGGAGCGCGUCAAGAAGGCUUGCGUCGAGGGCUAUGAGAUGUGUGUAUCGAACCGCAAGAAGGCGAAUAAUGCUUGCAAGUCUGCUGGUGGAACGGUGGACCAGGGCCACAAGGAUGCGCUGCAGUUCUGCAAGGAUAAGAAGAAGGAGUGGUCGAACAAGAAAGUCUAAAGGUUAUUGGGCUUUACGGAUGGUGGUUGGUCGGACAUGAUUGAGCGCGGCA